GCACCAGGCGCGCGGCGGCGGCGGGCAUGGCGGGGGAGGUGAGCAAGGAGGCGCUAGAGAGCAUCCUCGUGCAUGCCAAGUUCGCCGCGAAGACCGUCCGGCCCCAGCGCGACCGCCUCCUGGAGGUCCGGCGCCGGCUGCAGCAGCAGCUGAAACCCAGCGACGACGACAUAGCGGCCGGGCUCAGGGAGUCCGCGCUUGAUGCCGAGCACAUCCUCCCCAACCUCGCGGCCACGCUCAACAACCUCGCCGUCGAGCGGAUGAAGUUCGCCGUCACCAUGAAGCACUGCGACCUCGCCAGCGAAAUCUCCAAGGUCUACUACGACGGCAUGAAGGACAGCGCCCGCGCCAUCGCCACCUGCCUCGAGCUGGCAGCCAAGAGCGGCGCCCGCCUGGAUCUCCUCCCGGCCUUCGCCGCCAUGCCCGACGAGCAGCUCCACGACGCGCUCCUCGCACAGCAGCGCCUCCCCGCGCGCCCGACCACCCAGACCGAGGCCUUCGCCCGCGUCGAGGCCGCCUUCUACGCCGUCAGGCUCUGCAAGGAGCACCACAUCCUGAGCUGCAUCGAGCACCUCGUCGGCGUCCGCGCAACCCUCGUCACCGACGAGCCCGAGGACCCGGUCGACGCCACCACAGAGCAUGUCGCCAAGACCGACCUCUCGGACCCUGCCCCGGCCGCCGCGGACACCCACGAGCCCCCUCAGGCGGCGGCCAACCCCAGCGUGGACGUGGACAAGGCGCGCGACUACCUCGACCGCGCGUGCACCCUCGCCAGCCUCGCCGUCAACCACAUCGACCUCGCCGUCGCCGCCAUCACCAGCCUCGUCGACCCCACGGAGGUCGCCAGCAUGUGCGAGUUCACCGACACAGCCGCCUCCAUCUCCGAGGUCACUUCUGUCUUUGAUUGAUUCCGGGCAACGUAAUGUGAUUGCAGCACCUGCAUCUAUCUGCGUGGGCUAUCCAAUUGCAGAAACCACCCACUUCUGAAUUUGUUAUAUCGGAGAUGCCAUGUUUUCUCAUGUUAUUUGUUUCCAGCCUUGGAUAUCUAUCGAGGCAUAGUGUGUAUCCCCAGUUUGGUGGAUUCAUGUUCUGCAGUAAUCUGCCUAUGAUUCACGAUGGUCACCAAGAAAUUCAAGAACUGCAUCCAUAUCUUUGGACAACAAUUCUGAAUUGUGAUAUCGGAGAUGCCAUGUUUUUUUUUUAUGUUAUUUGAUUUCCUUCUUAGGAUAUCUAUCGAGUCAUUGAUGUAUCCCGAGUUUGUUGAACUCGUGUUGUGCAGUAUU